CUCUUCAUUUAAUGCAUAACAAUCGCAAUAAUUAGAAGAUGCAUGUGUUAUUGUAUCGAAGUUUGUGUUUAGGACGAUGUUCUUCGUUCAAACCUAUGUUUAGGUUCAAAGACACAAUAUACAAUCAAAGAUACAUUGGGCAAGUGAAUAAUCUCAUUAAACACGGCAACAAAACAUCGCUUUCAGCAAUACCCUUGAGAUCGCACUUUGUACCUUUACUGUCAACUUUCGUGUUGAAUAGACAUAUAUUUACUUCUGCUUCUCGUCAGCUUCCAACUGGACUACCGUUUGAAGUAAACGAUCGAGUAACUAAAGACACUUUAAUAUAUUCAUAUAAGAACGAUAAAUUUUACAAACUUCUGGCUUUCCUCGGUAUUUUACAGUUCUUUUUCUGGGUCCACCUGGCCGGUUUCUCCUACACAACGUUGAGAGACGUCAAACCCAAAGAACAGGAAACAAAUGGGAAUGUUACUAAGCCACCGUGGUGGAAAAGAAUUAAUUUAGGAGAGAACAAGUAUCGCAACGGCAUAGCUUUACUUUGUAUAUCUGUUGGUUAUCUUGUAUUAUUCAUUAGCAUCAUCUAUCCACGCCGAGCUGUCAAACAACUGUGGCUCCUGAAAGGGGGGCGUACUGUGAAAAUCGACACAUUUGGUUACAAGUCUAAUUAUGUUGCACCCCUUGAUUCGAUUAGCUGUCUCCAGCAACGAAAUUCACCUAAAACCCAGAUCCCAUUGAAAAUGAAAGGAAAAUGGUUCCAUUUCCUACUGGAUAAAAAAGGAAUUUUUCACCAAGAGAAACUAUUUGAUUUUAGUAUUGGAUUGAAACGAAAUUUAAAAUAAAAGUAACACUUUUGUUUUUUGUUUUCAUUUUUCAUAUGGUCAUUGUCA